GAACAACAUCCAAAAAAAAACAAGCACGUCCUUUUCGCAAGGUUCCCUUCAACCUUUCUUUCUCAUUCGCACGACAAUCCGAAAACCAGUGGAUAGAGAUAAAAUACGCACACUUUUUCUCACCCCCCCCUUUUCCUACCUCCAUCUCUAUCUCUCUUCUCUCUUCUCCUCCGAUCUGAAUUUCUUAGUUAGGGUUGGGAUUCAAUUUCUCAAUUUGGGUUUUUCCAGAUCCGAACAGCAGCUCCUUCCGAACUUCUCAAUUCCCGAAAUUACGAGAGGUAACUGGCUCGAAUUCUAUUGGUGCUAGUUGUGGCAUUGUUAGGAAAAAUAUGUCCCAUUACGCUGGGUACGUGGAAGAUGAAUAUGAAAUGGAAGAUGUAGAUGAUGAUAUGGAUGACGAGUUUCGUGGUAGAGAAAUGGGUGGCUCAGAUUCUGAUGUUGAUGAAUAUGACUACUUGAAUAGCAAAGCGGCUGAUACAACUGCUGCUCAAGCAAGAAAAGGAAAAGACAUCCAAGGUAUUCCUUGGGAUAGACUUAGCAUUACUAGAGAAAAAUACCGGCAAACUAGGUUAGAACAAUACAAGAAUUAUGAAAACAUUCCUAAUUCUGGAGAAGGGUCAGGGAAGGAUGGCAAAGAUACAAAAAAAGGAUCUUUAUAUUAUGAGUUCAGAAGAAAUGCUAGAUCAGUGAAAUCAACCAUUCUUCAUUUCCAGUUGCGUAACUUGGUCUGGGCUACUUCCAAGCAUGAUGUGUACCUUAUGUCACAUUUUUCUGUCAUUCAUUGGUCUUCAUUAAGUUGCACAAAGUCUGAGGUUCUCAAUGUUUCAGGGCAUGUGGCACCAUCAGAGAAACAUCCUGGAAGUCUCUUGGAGGGAUUUUCGCAGACUCAAGUUAGUACUCUUGCAGUAAAAGAUAAGUUGCUAGUUGCUGGGGGAUUCCAGGGGGAACUUAUUUGCAAGCAUCUGGAUCGGCCUGGAGUUAGCUUUUGUUCAAGGACAACUUAUGAUGAUAAUGCCAUCACAAAUGCUGUUGAGAUUUAUGACAGUCCCAGUGGGGCAGUUCACUUUACAGCCUCAAAUAAUGAUUGUGGAGUGAGAGACUUUGACAUGGAGAAAUUUCAGCUUACUAAGCAUUUCCGUUUUCCUUGGCCAGUGAAUCAUACUUCUCUGAGUCCCGAUGGUAAACUUCUUGCAAUUGUUGGAGACAAUCCGGAUGGGAUGUUGGUAAACUCUCAAACUGGAAAGACAGUAAUGCCUUUAUCUGGGCACUUGGAUUUCUCGUUUGCGUCAGCAUGGCAUCCUGAUGGUAUCACCUUUGCUACUGGUAACCAAGACAAAACCUGUCGGAUUUGGGAUGUUCGAAACCUAUCCAAGUCAGUUGCUGUUUUGAAGGGCAACCUUGGUGCUAUUCGGUCAAUCCGUUAUACUUCUGAUGGCCGGUAUAUGAUGAUGGCAGAGCCAGCAGACUUUGUGCAUGUCUAUGAUGUGAAAAGUGGGUACGAGAAGGAACAGGAAAUUGAUUUCUUUGGCGAGAUAUCUGGCAUAUCAUUCAGUCCAGACACAGAGUCACUUUUUAUCGGAGUAUGGGAUCGUACGUAUGGUAGUCUUCUAGAGUAUGGCCGAUACCGGAAUUACUCUUACCUCGAUUCUCUUAUUUGAGUUGAAUAUUCAACCUGCGAAUAAGUGUGUUGGUGUUGCCGAUUCCUCGGUGUGAUUGCAGAGCUUAGUGUAAAACAUAUUUCAUGCAGUUGAUGAGGGUGUAGGUGUAAAUGUAGUAUUUUGUGGAAUUGUAGCUCUGUUUUGGUGUUCCGUCUUUUUUCCCCCAUAAAUGUGUGUAAUUGGGAGGAAUGUACAGAAGGCUAAGGCAAUGAUGGUCCAAACAAAUAGGAAAGAAGACCAAGGUGUCUUAAGGUGAAACAAGUUGGCUGUUUUCCCGUUAGAAAUUUUAUCUCAAUGUGGGACUUAUUAUGUGAGAACCUAUCAAUCAUCUAGUUGAGUUUGAUAUUCC